AUGGACGAGCCCACCACCGCCCCUGAUGCGCCCGCUGCCCAACAAUCUCAAGGAAUCCAGACGCUGCUCGAGGCUGAGAAGGAGGCUGCCAAGAUCGUCCAGAAGGCCCGGACCUACCGGACACAGAAGCUCAAGGACGCCCGGACAGAGGCGGCCAAGGACAUUGAGGAGCUGAAGAAGAAGACCGAGGCGGAUUUCCAGAAGUUUCAAAAGGAGCACGAGGGAAGCCAGAGCACGUCGCAGACAGCCGUCGACAAGGAGACGGAGGAGAAGCUAGAGACGAUCAACAAGGCGUUUGAGCAGAACCGAAGCAAGGUGGUCGAUAAGCUUCUGGAUCGCGUCACAGAAGUCAAGGCGGAACUGCACCGGAAUCUCAAGAAGGAGCAGGCUUGA